AUGGGCAUUUCUUCGGAGUUUGAAAUGGAGGGAAAUGGAAAUUGGGACUUGAGUAAAGACGAACGGGACGAUACCGGUCUUGUCCGGAUCUCAAAUGAGUACCUGAAGCCCAAUGUAGGUCUACUUUAUCUUUUGGUUUCAAAUUUCUUGAAUAGCGUCAUGAUGGUGAGCACAAAGUUGCUAGAGACAGAUCCUGAGUUUGAAGAGCCGAUCAAGCCGCUACAGAUCUUGGCGGUCAGAAUGAGUGUCACUUUUGCUGGAACACUGAUAUACAUACAGUUGAAAAAAUCGGAAAUUCCUCAUGCACCUUUCGGGCCACCCGAGAUGCGUAAAUGGCUUUUGUUGCGUGGAUGUACCGGGUUUUUCGGAGUUUUUGGCUUGUAUUACAGUUUGAUGUACUUAUCCGUCGCGGAUUCAACCUUGAUCACAUUUCUGGGCCCAUCUUUCACUGGGGUGUUGGCCUGGAUGUUUCUACGUGAACGGUAUUCGUUUGUUGAAGCGAUUGGAGCUCUCAUUUCGUUUUGCGGAGUAGUGGUCAUUGUUAGGCCGGCUUUUCUAUUCGGAGACCGUUCGGAAGGUGGCAAUCUCGACAAACAAGUCGAAUCUAGCGACCCGCAGGAACGGUUAAUCGCUAGUCUCGUGGCACUUUUUGGUAUCUUUUGCGGCAGCGUAGUUUAUAUCAUCAUCAGGCAUAUCGGUCAUAGGGCGCACGCAAUCUUAAGCGUCACGUAUUUCUCUUUUACCACAAGUGUGGUUUCUUUGAUCGGAAUUGUCGCAAUACCGUCGAUGGGCUUCCAAAUACCACAGACUUCCAAGCAGUGGUUCUUAUUUGCUUUGAUUGGAUUAUCAGGAUUUUUCAUGCAACUUUUCCUGACCAUGGGCAUACAGAGAGAAAGAGCUGCUCGCGGUGCUUACAUGUCGUAUGCUCAAAUGGUAUGUGCCGUGUUUUGGGAAAUUGUCAUUUGGCAUCAUUUUCCCGAGUUUUGGACCUGGUGCGGGCUCGCACUAAUUGUUGGCUCCGCCGUAAUUGUUUUCAGGUACAAACCGGAAUACGAAGCGAUAACCGAAGUGAAUAACGAGGUGUCGGGCCAAAUACCUUUAGAAGACUUUGGGCCAGGUAAAAACUAG